AUGGAGUUUAAAUUGUGCUAUCAGAAUGGAUUAUUAUUGAAUAAUAAUAAUAAUAAUAAUAAUAAUAAUAAUAAUAAUAAUAAUAAUAAUAAUAAUAAUAGCAAUAAUAAUGAUAGUAAUAAUAAUAGUAAUAGUAGUAGUAAUAACAAUGAUAGUAAUAAUAGUAAUAGUAAUGAUAAUAGUAGUAAUAGUAAUAAUAAUAAUAAUAAUGGUAGUAAUAAUGAUAGCAAUAGUAAUAAUAACAAUAAAUACAAUAAUAAUAAUAAUAGUGGUAGUAGUAAUAGUGAUAAUAAUGGUAAUCAUAGUAAUAAUAGUAAUAGUAAUAAUAGUGGUAAUAAUAAUACUAAUAGUAAUAAUAACAAUAAAUCAGACAUUAGACAUUAA